AUGGAAGCGCAAGAACUCUCGCAGGACUCGCAACCAUGCUUCGACAGCCCGCGGCAACGACAGCGAGCUUCGCUUCCUCCCAGACCAAAUGGAGCUGCUCGACAUGCAAAGAGGCUCACGCUCAACUUUCCCAUCAAUAUUCCGCCAGAGCUGGUACAACAAGGGCCUCUCUCAGCGAGAGAUUCGCCAGCAUCGAAGCAUAAGUCGUCAGAGUCGUCACCCAUCAUGCCUGCUUCUCAUCGAGCGUCGCCUUCAGUCUCUGCGUUAAGUGAGCCUCCAGACGAAGGGUACGGGUUUCUCACGGCUCUCGCUGCACAGGAACGUAAGGUGCUGGAGCUCAAGGAGGAGCUACAGAGGGCCGAGCUGGAGCUUGCCACCUUGAAGAAACAAUGGGAGCAGAAUGAAAAGGGCCGGAAGAUCACUCAGACCGUCUAUCGUGCCGAGGCGAUGAAGCCGUUGAGACAGACGCCGGUAGAAGGGAGUCUGGUUGGAGAGACAGGAGCAACUCAGUCGCCGGCCGACAGUGAUGCAUCCGGUUUGGGGAGAGUUAGCCGAGAAUUCGACAGACGACACGGCUCCAAGCAGUCAAUAUCACAUUCACCAGGCACAAGCCAGCUGUCCAGAGCCAGAACGGUGUUUGAGGGUUCUCGGCAUACACGAACCCUCUCGCUUCUCUCCGCAAGAGACGACUACAAUAGCUCUCCUUUCUCCUCCCAAUCGGGCGAUUCAAGAAGUGCACGGCCUUCUGGAUAUCCCAGAUCCGCAACACUCCCUUCCUUUGACCGAGAAGCGAAUGGCAGCAAAGCACCCGUCUUAUCCCCCGCGAAACAGAAAUCCAUACAAGAUAAAGGAUUAUGGCGAAGGUCUCUCCCACCAAUACCGCAGGACCCAACUACAGAAGCACUUAUGCGUACGGGAAAGCAGAUGGCUACGGAUUUCAAAGACGGGCUGUGGACAUUCAUUGAAGAUAUUCGUCAAGCUACAGUAGGGGAUGAAGGUAUCAAUGCAACUCAAUGCCGUACAUCGCAGGUGUAUCAACGCCAGGACCAUCUUAUCCAUAGAUCAGGUGCGGGGGCAGUAGGCGCCAAAGCCCAUUCAGCAACUCCUUCGAGAUCUGGAAGAUCAGCAUCUAUCAAGCCCACUACCACCGCCAAGCCAAAUAAACGUGGAGCGGCUUCAGAUACCGACUUCUGGGAGGAAUUUGGCGUCACCGCUCCAAAUAAGACACAGCCAAACAAGGCUAUUAAUGGGAGCCGCAACAAGCCACAUAAUCCAAGCAACCAGACUAGUUUGUUAGACAUCGACGAUAACUGGGAUAUAUGGGAUAGCCCCCAGCCCAAAAGACACACCCCAUCCUCGAGCAGCUCAACAUUUCCAUCCAAAAGAGACCAGUCGCCCUCGACAAAUGCCAGUAGCCCACGGACCAGUGCAAGCGUGAUGGACUACAAAGAUCUGGAUAUCGAGACCUUCAGCAGCCCCGAGAAUCCAGGUGGCAUCCCGUGGCCCGCUAUAGCCAAACCAACGCCUUCGAACCUGACCCGCACAGCCUCUAACUUGAUGGCCGAGUGGGAACGAAGCCUCUCGCCGUCAUCUUCAGAUGGUGUAAAGAAAGGAUCCAAAGACGACUAG